AUGGACAGGAUCACACCGCUGGAAGAUGCGCUGGAUACGCUGAUCAAAGUGAUGGCGUCUGCCAUUGCGUACUUAUCGCGCAAGGCGGGGCACGAGCAAGUGAACGCACGCGUCCCAUUGACCGUGCUGGGCACCACAGAGGCACUACCUACGGAGACGCUAGCAAAGAAUCGAGAAGAGCUCGUGCACGAUCUUGUCGCGCAGGCAAAAGAAGUCGAGCAGUGCAUCCAGGCGCUGCCUACAUGGGGCGACGAAUAUACCGAUGCGGCACUUAGCGCACGACUUGUCGCCAAGCAAGCAAGCCUUGUUGAGGCAAACGGAGCGUACCGCGAAGCAUUAGAGGAAGCGCCUGAUUUUGGCGCGGUGUUGCAGCUUGCGACAGUGGCGCCACUGGCUUGCGAUCGAUUGUGCGCUUCGUACACCAUGGACGGUGAGCAGUGGAAUUUGCCAUUGGAUAUGCCUGGAAUGGGGACGGUAUACACACCAGAUGCAGUUACGAACGCGAAAGCCGUGCACCAUGACCCAGGCACGCACUCACCGAAACUUUGGGCGUCCGUAGAACUGCCCGACAUGUUCCUAAGCAACCUAUUCCACGGGGACUAUGGCCUCGGCGACGCAUCACACCCAGAAUUUGCAGCCUCCGUUUCUGGCAGCAGCGAAUCAGACGGGAGCCCAAAGGCGUUUGAAGAUUUCAUGCAAGGCACGUCGCCAGACGACACCAACACUGCGUCACCCGAUGGCGAUGCACAGCAUGCACCAACGCCGGAGAGCGUCGGCAUUAUGCGGGAUGAGAUGCUCGGUGCGACAGGCGGUCUGCUUGCCACACAGCCUUUUCCUGGUUUCGCACCGCUCAGUGACGCGCCUGCCGUGCCGAAUUCCGUACACGACGCCGCGCCUGCGCAGGCCACCGUCUCGCUCGAGUCCUUAUUUGUGCCGAUCAUGGACAUGGGCAAGAGCCAGGAGCUUGUAGCACAGGAUGUGCAGCCGCUGCCCACCAUCGAGAUGGAGCGCCAAGUUUCUGAAACGCCUUCGAGUACUUCACCAGGAUGCUCGACCGAUACGGGUUUGCCUGGGAUGCUGCAUAUGGCGCCCGGAAGCAAUGUAAAUGCACACGUUGCAUUGGGAUGCGUGCGUGCCUUUGCUGAGGCGCAGAACUCUUCUUCAUGCGCUUCUGCAUCCCAAGGCACGCAUUCGCCUACCCCGAGCAAGUCGUCCACACGACCGUGGCGAAGCAACAGCGCUUCGACAUCACCCAGCCCACAAAGUGGCGACGCAAACGAGUCUUGGUCGAAGAAAGUUGCGCACAAUGUCAUUGAGCGGCGCUACCGGAGCAAUAUUAACGACCGCAUUGCGCAGCUGCGCCAUGUUGUACCUGCGCUGCGCGAAAUGCAGCCGCGUACGGGACAGAGGAGACGAAGGCGCGGGAAAGCUGAGCAGGAACAGCUUGUCGACGGCGUGGCCGCCGCGACGAAAAUGAGCAAGGCGACUGUGUUGACCAAGGCGACCGAAUACAUUUGCCAUCUCAAGACGCGCGAGGUCGAGUUAGAGCGCGAGGUUUCCGGGAUGCAAAUGCUUUUACGCAGCCUUGAUGGCGGCGACGAUUUGCUUGCAGCGUGGAGUACAGAAAUGGAGCGUAUGCACCGCUUGCAUCCCGCGACGUAUGCUGCAUACGGCAAUCAGCCGCCCAUAGCGUCGCCCUCCUCUGUGGAUGAUGCAGACGAUUCGGACAAUGAGGAGCAGGAUCUCGACACAGUGCCGAGCAAAAUGCCGCGCUACAUGUUUGGCGCAUUUGUGAGCUUUUCCUUCAUGGGCAGCACCACGGAUUGGGGCACAGAAACGAGCACAACUGCGCCGUUUGCUCCGUCACACACACGUGUGCUUGGCGCGAGCCACCAGCUGCUGAAACGCGCAUCGAGCGACUCGCGAUGGGCGUCGCACCACUACGACCAUAUUCCCAUGCUGCAACUUGUGAUUGAGAUUUUGCGCAACACUGCACUCCUCUUCUUUUUUCUUUGCAUGGCACAUGCGCUAUACGGCUUCUUGCGCAGACGGCGCGUGCAAAAAGGCAACCGCCGUGCUGCACAGAUGCAGUCCCAAAUAGACUUACACGCGCUGAUGGCAUCGCCGCUGGAGCGGAUCAACGCGCCCACGUAUGCAUCCUUGGACGCUGCAAGGGGUGCGUAUCAUGCGCUACAGACGAUCCUCGAUGUGCCGCCCGGUGCGCUGCUCGUCUGGACGCGCAUUCUUCGUGCGGCAGCAUUUUCCGCAUUGCAAAGCGUGCCUUUUGUGAGUACGGCAGUGCUGCGCUACGUUCAUGCACACAACGACCCGGCCGUGCUGCGUAUGGAGAAGCAAGCAUGGCUGCGCCGUACCGAGAUGGAGCUUGCGCUCGACAUCCAGCCCUCGUGGUCGCAGCGGUUCCUUUCGCUGCUGGCACUGCAAAGCUAUUUGUCCCUGGCGCCGUUGUGCGAUGCUGACACGCUCAUACUAGCCAUGGCAUACAGCGACUUGGCGAAGCAAACGCGCUGGAUGCAAAAUAGCAUGUUGGAGCGCGCCGCACACCUCUGGAAUACUGCGCGUGCGCGCUGUGUCGCGAAUAAGAACGAGAAUGGAAUGGCCUUGAUAGUUGCUGUGCCGCUGGAUCGUGCGUGCGAAAGCAUGCGGUCGAAAGCUACGCUGCGUGACGCGCCGCUUGGCAAUGUGCUUUGCGCAUUGCGACACGACGAUCUUUUGCUGUUUUGGGCAACGCUUCUGGCGAGUAUGAUGCGUGCAAGUACGACGUGGGAGGCAGAAACAAACUCGCUGCACGCAAGGCUUCGUCCCGCAGUCCUCGAUGUUGUUCGUGACAAGGCAAGCCUGCGCCGCCUAAGCGCGCAGCUUGCAAAUGCAGCCAACGACCUGUUGCCCCGCACCGAACGCGACGCGGAGGCGGUGUUGGUUGCGUCCGGUACGCUUGCCCUUGUGUGUGGGAACGUCGAAAGCGCGCGGCAUUGCAUGCAAACGCUUGUGCGCGACGCCCCGUCGUUAAGCAUGACUCACCAAUUUAUUGCGCUGGUCGACGGGCACGAUACCACAGCGCCAUUACGGCUAACAGACUCCACAGACACGCUCGCUUCGGUUGUGCUUGGCUGGAUGCGACUCCAGCGUGCAUGGUGCGUUUCGCACCACAACGAGUCGUCGAGCGCGUAUAUGCGCUUGAGCAAGGAUGCUCAAGCACUCCAGCAGCUUGUCUCGCAGAGCAUUUGGAUGGGUGUAGGAGUGACGGACAAGGAGCAGAAAUUGGCAAGUGCCGAGACGCGGCCAAGCGAAAAAGCACGCAAAAUGACACAAGCGGCGUGGCACCAAGACAAUGCAUCGGAGCAAGUCCACAAGCAAGCGCUCUUCUCUUCUCUCGAUGUCCUGAUGGACCACUUGGUAGGAAUCACUGCACAUGUGCAGGAACACGAAUAG